CUUGGCUUCUCUUUCUUUCGUCUUCAAAGGGCAAUUACGAAUUGCGAAUUGGAUACUUAUAAGUAUACUUGUAGUUUGUAACUAGCUGUUCGUGAUCAACUCGAAUCUCGCUUUAACCUAAUUUAGGCAUUCCGACGGCUUACGAAGCGGAACCAUCAUGUUGUGCGGAUAGGUAUCUUCCUUUCGUUCACUUAUCGUUGAAAUAGUAACGUGACACUGAAUAGGAGAAGGGUAUUCCCUAAUUUCAUACUUUUUUAAUUACCUAGGUAAUUGUUCUUUUCGUUAAUUGUUAUACAAAUACGCGAGACGUUUUUGUUGUCCUUGAUUGAACAUAGGCCCGUACCGUUUAUCACUCGGCGGGCGUGCAUUGUGGACACCAUGGACGCACGCUCUAGAGGCAUCGUAGUCUUUGGAGGCGGUACUGCAACGAAUAGUCUUGUGGACGUGUUCGAAAACAUCAGGCAGAGUCGAAAUUGCUGGCUUAGCUACGUUAUACCUAUAAGCGAUAAUGGUGGAAGCUCGUCCGAGUUGAUACGCGUAUUCGGUGGCCCUGGUAUUGGCGAUAUCCGCAGUCGUCUAGUGCGUCUGAUUCCAGGGUCGGAAACAGAUGCGGAGCGAGCAUCGCUUAAGGAGCUCUUCAACCACAGGCUGUCGUCUGACCCGACGCAAGCACGGCUUCAAUGGCUCGACAUAGUUGAGGGUCGAGCUGAGCUAUGGACCAACAUCUCGAGCGAGAAACGCGAGCUCAUUCGGUCUAUUUUCAACCUCGUCAACUUGGAGAUUGUCAAAAGGGCAAGACCUAGUUCGGUAUUCAAUUUCUCCAAGGCCAGUAUAGGGAAUUUGUUCUUGACUGGAGGCCGCGUCUUCACCGGGUCCCUCGAAUCAGCCAUAUACCUACUCUCCACCAUCUGUUGUAUCUCACCUACCGUCUCCGCCCUCCCCGCUAUCAACACUAACUUCACGCACCACAUCUCCGCCGGCCUAGCAGAUGGCACGCAGAUCACAGGGCAGAACUCCAUCUCGCACCCUUCAGCACCCACUUCCCUUCCCGACGACGAACUCAGCCGUCUCAGCAGUACCCGGCGGGAAAUGGAAGAACACGACAGCAUCGAAGACGCGACAUUACCCGGCUCGCUCCCCACCCUGCGCAAGCAGUAUAUCGACUUCAGCAAAGCCGACGAGGAGGACUUGCCCGCGCGCAUAGAGCGCAUCUGGUACAUCAACCCGUACGGACACGAGAUCUGGCCUCUCGCGAACCCCAAGGUCCUGGACGCCGUGCGUCGCGCCGGCGCGGUAGUCUACAGCAUUGGCAGUUUGUACACAUCUAUCGUACCGAGCCUAGUGCUGCGCGGGGUGGGCGCCGUGCUUGCGGAGCGGGCGGUGCGGUAUAAGGUAUUGAUUCUGAACUCGAGUGUAGAUCGGGAGACGGGGCCAAGUACGGCGCCGUUAACAGCAACAGAUUUCGUCAAGGCGAUUGCGCGGGCGGCAGCGCAGAGUCAGGGGGACUUUGCUGUGGGUGACGACGAGAAAGCUACGGGGAAAGGGGAAGUGCACAAGUAUGUCACGCAUUUGAUAUAUCUCGAGGGCGAGGGUGCACCCAAGGUAAACAAAGUGGAGCUGAGUGCUUUAGGCAUAGAUUGCAUCAGGGCAUACGGGAGGAGGGUGGACGGCAUGCUCAAGUACGAUGAGGCGGGUCUGGCGAGGGCGCUCGAGGCCGUGAUAGGGAAACCGGAGAUGGCCAGAUGUCGUAGAAAUACCAGUGGACAGUGAGUCUGUUUGUAUCUUGUCUGCUUCAUUAUACGAUCCUGAGAUUGCAUAUCACAUAUCACCGUAGGUAAAUAUCUUCGUCGGGACCAUAAUACGAAGGG